AGUCACUGAUCUCGAAGAUGUUUAUUUAAGCAAAAAAGAUGUUAAUGAAAAAGUUAAUAUAGAAUCAAAUAUCUUUAAAGAUACUGAAAAACUUAAUAAUGAAAAAAUAACACAUAGUCAAAAAGAAGAGAAAAGUGUUGAAGGAAACUUAAGAAAUAUUCGUGAUGUUACAUUGUUAAAUGAAGGAAGUUGCUCUAAUCAGGAAAAAGUAGAAGAUAAUGGAACUUCUGGUACCUUAAUUAACAAUAUUUGCCUAAGCGAUGGAAUCAAUCUGAACAAAUCGACAAAAGAAGUCGAAUUAAAAGUCGCGAAUAAAAAAUAUUGUGAUAUAGAUAAUGGCAUUAAGACUGUUAAAGAGAUAUAUUCAAAUCCCAUGGAUAGUGAUUUUGUAAAUCAACCUGGUUUAUGUGAAACAUUAAUCAAAACUGCCAACGCUGAUAAUGAAUAUUAUUCUGUAUCACCUGGAACAGACUUACAGAUUGCAGAACAUAAGAAUAAUUCGAAAAGUAGGAGUGUAAGAAGAAUAAUAGGUAGUGAAUCUGAAGAAGACACGCAAACAAGCCAGAGUUAUUAUUUUCCUCAAAGGGUUCAUCAUAUUACAUGUAUUACUGCUAAAAACUAUCGGGCUUUAAUUGAUUCUGAAUCAGAGGAAGAAAAACAAAAUGAAGAAAUAGAAUCUGAAAAAGAUGCACAAACAAGCGAGAGUAAUAACUUACCUCAAACGGUUCUUAUUGAUGAAAAUCGAAUUUCGGUAGAUUCUGAAUCAAAGGAAGAAAAACAAAAUAAAAAAACGAAAAACGACACUCAUAUCAUAUUUAAUAAAGCAUCUGAAAAUAAAGAUGUUACAAAAAAAUCUCUUAAAAAGAGACGGGGCUCUAUAAGAGCUUCUAAAGAUGAGGCAAUGCGUCAGAUACAUAGCGAAAGUCAACGUUUAUUAAGAGAAACAGAAAUUUCUUUACCGUAUCAUAGGCCAAAACAGCGUACAUUACAAGAAUUCUUGAAUAGAAAAAGAGUAUCAGCUGCUCUUCCGAAAGCGCCUUCAACGGCAGCGAAACUUAAGAUGUCAUAUGCGAUAGUAAGUCAGGUACUCGCGGAAAAGGAAAAAGAAGCAGAACUUUUUUACAAAUCUUCAGAUUCGGAAGAUGAUGUACAAUCUAUGCCUUUGGUUAGUAAAAAUAUAAAAAAAUCUUCCAUUAGAAAUGAAAGAAAGAUGUCAUCAAUAUGUAUUGAGCACACACGUAUUCAAAAUCCUGAAAGAUUUGAAAUAAGUAAUCGACAUUCUCAAGCUAUCAGAGAAGAGAUUGUACAGAAAAAUCAUUUAGAUGCUAAUGCGUGUGAGGUGUUACUUCAAAAUGAUUUUUGCGAAGUAGAUCAUCGAGCUGUAGAGUUAGCUUCCUCAAUAGAUAAUAACUGUAAUCCAGAUAACGAAUUUGAUACAUUACUACCACAGAUAGCAAAUGAAUAUAAUCCAAAAAUUAGUUCACCCAGAAAAUUGAUUGACAUACAUUUUGAAAAGGACGGCUGUGAAAUAUAUCUCGAUGAACAAGUAACAAAAGAAACAGCUAAAACUAUUAUUUCUUUGAAUAAGGAAAAAUGUAUUAAUGACGACAAAAAGUUAAAAAUUACUGUGACAGAGAAUCAAGUAUCAAAAGUAUAUCAAGAUGAUUCCAAUGUAAUUAACAGAAGAGAUAAAAAUUCGGUUACAGAAGCAACGAAAAUAGGAACAACUUCCAAUAGUAUAAAUAAUAAGGAAGUAACUGAAACAUUUCAAAAUGAUAAUGAUACAACAGAUAAUAUUAUGUGUUCAAAUUCUGACGAGUGUACUACACAGGAUAUAAAUAAUGAAAAAAAAGAUCAAUAUUCUAAAAUAAAUGACGCAUCGUCAUCAUCUCUUCUUAUAAUUAAUAAUAUUCAAUCAAAAAUUCAACAUAAUUCUUCAGCAGAUGAAUGUGAAAAGAUUAAUGAUCACCUACAAGUUCUUUCAAAAUCUGCAGACGAGGCUAUGGCGAAUAGAAAAAAGUUAUCAACAUUAGUAUCCAAUUCGAAAGUUACUUUAAGAGGAUCGCCAGGUAUGAUUAUUGAUCUAACAGAUGAUGUAAAAUCGAAAAAACAGAGUGAUAAUAAAUCUGAAAUAACUACUGUACACUUACAAAACACGCAGAAUAGUCUUUUUCCAGUUAAAGAAGUACUUCCAUACAAGACACCUGUUAACAUCGAUAAUUCUGAAUUGAAUAAGCCUGGAGCCAAAUUAAUGCGUUUAAAGGAAGAUCUGAAAUUACAAAUGAUUUUAAAGCGUAACAAAGUAUGGAAACUGAAAGAAAUAAAGCUGGAAACGCAGGAGGAAGAAUGGAAUAGAGAGGAAAAAAGUGAUUCUGAUUUAGAUGAACAAGAACAAGCUGAACUAGAUUUUGAAUUAAGUGACAGUGAAGAAAGCGAAUUAGAAGAGAAUGACGUUUGCAUUAGAGAUAAGAAAAAGAGUAAAUGCCUAUUUGCAGAUGACGAAGCUGAAGUUACAGACAAUGAAGAUUCAAGUAUAGAAGAGAUAUGUGAUGAGAGUGAGGAUCAUAUAAAAUACAGUAAACAAUCUUCAAAUUUCAAAUAUAGAAAAGAAUACAUGGACGACGAUGUAAGUGAAAUAGAAACCGAUCAAGAAGAAGAAGAUGAUGAUGAAGAUAAAUGUGAAGAAGGAAAAGAAGAAAACGAAGAAAGUUUAGAUGCAAAUAUGAAGAAUGGAAAUGAAUCUGAUUUUAAAGAUGUUGACAAUGUUAAUGCUUGUGAAAGCUUUAACAUUACUAAAAAUGAUAGAAAAACAAAGUUAAUAGAAGAGUUCCGAGACGAUUCAAAUGUUACAGAUCUGAGCUAUUUACAAAAUCAUAGCAGCCAAUUAAAUAUGCCGACAGAUAUAUAUGCAUCUAAAACACAUUGCGAUGAUAUUGAUUGGAUAAGUGAAAAUGAAAGCAAUAUGCCCGCUUGUCAACAAGAAGUUACUACAAGAAGCCAGAUAUGUAAGACACCUUUGACGAAAACAAGUAUGCUCGAUUUGGUUUCUCCUAUAACGCAAUUAAGCGUAUUGAAUACUACCUUAGAAAAUGAAAAAGAUUUAUCACAAAAUAGAGGGUGUUUAGUUGAUAAAUAUGAGUUCCUUCCUAUGAAAAGCACACAGAAUGAUGAACUUUCUGAACACGUAUGUAAUGUAAAAAAUAAAUCUAUUUUAAAAAAAAAACUGUUUGAUGAUAUUGGAGAAACUGUUGAUGAUGAAUAUCUUAUGCGAUUGUGUUCUGGUAAAUUUGAAUCUCCGCAGAGAACUGAUAUAGAUUUAUUUUCGCAAUCUAGUACCACUGAAUUGCAGUUACGUUCAAAUGAUUCUGAAUGUUCUAGAAAUUCUAACGCACAACUAGUUGCUGUUAAAUCAAAAAAUUCAAAAACCGAAAUGCUUCAAAAUAUAAAAUUGACGUUAGAUGAAGAUUCUAAUAAUUCUGUAAAUUAUGCAGAGAAAAUAAAUAAAGUUAGCGCAAUGGAUUUGGAACUAAAAUUAAAAGUUAUGUCCUCAGAUGACGAGGAUGAAGAUACAUUUCUAAAACCUAAAAAACGUUUAGCCAAAGUAUUGAAUUUGUCUGAUUCGGAAGAGGAAAAUUCUCAAUUCUUUGAUAAAGAAGAUGAUAUAAAUAGUGAAGAGAAACAAUAUGUCGAUUACGAUUCCGAAGAAAAUGAAAUUAUAAUUGUGCCAGAAAAGGAUAUAAAAAAAGUUGCAGCUAGUUUUGUGGAAGAAGAAGCAGAGUUAAGUGAAAGCGAUUGGGAUUCUGCCGAUGAAGACGAGAAGAAUUUGGACAAAUUAGAAUUUGAAGAAGCUGAUGAUGAACAUAUAGACGAACACGAAGUGAAAGAUCAACUGGAAAAGAUCCAUAUAAAACAAAUAUUGGAUGAAGAUAAAAGAGAAGUGAGAUUGCUGAAAGAGUUAUUAUUUGAGGACGGCGAUUUACAUAGUGAUGGGAUGGGACGUGAGCGUAAAUUCAAAUGGAAAAAUAUAGAUAAGUUAGGAAAUAAUAUUGAGAUGUCACAAAUAUCUGAUGAGAACGAAGGCUUGGUAGACGUACAAGACGAUGAGGAAGAAGCAAAGUGGAGUAAACUUAAAAAUGAAAGAGACAGAUUUCUUGAGGAAAGAAUGAAGCGCUCAAAUAGUGAAAUUGAAGAUGAAUUAUGUCAUAGUAAAAUCUUUAAACUCGGACUGGAAGCUGUUAAGAAGAUCAAAGGUAAUGAGUCACAAAAACGAGAUACUUCUCUCGACAAGGUAAAUUCUUUUGAGAAUAUAGAACCAAUUAUGCCACGGAAUAUAACAGAUCUCUUGAAUGGACCAAGUAUUGGAAAGAAUUCUCGGACGAUAUAUAAUGUGAUAAAAAAACGUUCACUCUUAACUCGAGGAGAAGAAUCAUUAGCGAGGAUAGCAUCAUUGGCAAAACAAGGUGACUCUGUCUCUCAUGCGGUAAAUAUAAGAAGAAAUUUUAUCUUUCCGCAUAUUGAUCAAGACACAAAUAAUACACUUAAAAAGGAAACUGAAAUAACAGCAGAUUUGGAUUUACAAAUUAAGACUGGAAAGAGAAAGAUGAACUCAAAUACAUCGUCGACAUUGAAAAAAAGGCGAAAAUAAAGCUAUUCUUCACAAAAAAUUUCAGCGAAGUGAGAUAAGUUUACACUGUGUUUAAAUUAAAUCUGAGACAGAUAUUGGAAAAAGAUAUAAAAAUGUUAUGAAUAAAAGGGAAACGAUCAACGAUAUAAAAGAGCGUAAG